AUGGCAGACAGUCCGGAGAUCGAUGCCAUCUUGAAGCUUGUUAAUAUUGUCGCCGGAGUUAGCGCCGUAAAAGGCCUCCAUGAAGCCUUUCAGGCCGAUGUGUUUGUCGUUCUCAAUCUCCCCCGGCAACUCACUGAGCUCCUCCGUCACCUUGUCGGCGAACUGCCGGAGCGCGAACUUCAGGGCCUCGACGUACUGCCUGCGCGCGUGGGUGGUGAGUUGGUCGGUGGCUUGUUUGACCUGAGUAUUCACCUGACGCUGCAUUUCUCUAGUGACUUGGCCAGCCGCUGUGUCGAUGAAGGAGAGUAA